AUGAUGGCACGUUCUAAACAAAAAGCAUUCAAGACCCCGUCGGGUAAGCCGCCUGGACGCGGGCGUGGUCGGGGUGGCCGUUCGACCGACGGUAGGGGAGGUGGUAGAGGCGUUCACGACGACGGUACGCCACACGCGAUGUCUGCGUGCGAGCAGCGUCGUCUGAAGUAUGUCGCUGCGGAGGCGGAGCGCGAAAAAGCAACAAAGGCCGCGGCCGUCGCCACACAUGGGUGCGAGGUGGGUGGCGGAGGUGGUGAUGCUGAGAUGGCGGGUGAAAACGAUGGUGCUGGAUUUUGGGAGGAUAAUGUGGCCGUGAACGAGGCGGAUUAUGAGGGGGACGACGGAGGGGACGCUGCAGAGGCGGAAGAGGAGGAGGACGGGGAUGAGAACGAGGACGAGGAGGGCGAUGGCGAGGAGGAAGAGGACGGGGGGGAUGAGCAAGAGGACGAGGGGAGUGGGGAUGACUCCGAAGAAGAGGUGUACGUCGGGAACGAUGAGGAGGCCGAGGAAGGAGACGAGGCUCGUGAUCUCGACGACCUUGUCGAUGAAGAGAAGGAUGUGGAUGUUGAAAAGCAAGCUAAGAAGAAGAGGCGGCGUGGCGCUGGUGUUGGACGAGGGAAAGGUGGUGGGCGCGGAAGGGGUGGUGGGCGGGGAAGAGGUGGUGGUGGAAAGGGUAAGGGUGGUGGUAAAGGCAAGGAUCGUGGGAAAGGCGCGGAUGAUGCGGCAGACCAGCCUGUGACUCCAUCUGCUACCCCGCAUGCCAAACCAUCUAAGCCUGUCAAUAUUAAGGUACAGCCCUUGGGCCUCAUUCGAGAUCUUGCGUCCUUCAUUGGCUACUCGCCAAAGAGGACAGCGGCUUUCGAGGAGGCUCAAAGGGCCGAGAACAAAAAGGCCAAGAUCUUGAAGCUUCGCCAGGACAACGAGGUCAGAUGGGGCUCGACCUACCUCAUGCUCGAGCGUGCCAUCAAGCUGCGGCAUGCGAUCGACCGUUUUUGCCGCGGCACCGAGGGCAUGUCCGAAGAAGCGAUCGCACGCCUCAAGGAUCUCACCAUCACCCCCGUGGUGUGGACGGCCCUGGAGGAGCUCGCUGACUUCCUGCGACCCUUCCAUGCCGUCACUCUGGCGGCCGAGGGGUCCAAGUACCCCACGAUCAACAGGGUGGUCCCGCAGUUCAACGAACUGCUGGACACCCUGGAGGGGAUUGGGGACAAUGAGUCAUCCCCUCCCUCCAGCAUCAUGAAGGAGUGCAUCAAACUGGCUUUAGGAAAGCUGAACGAGUACUACUCCGGCAGCCCUGACGAGCUGUGGAUUGCCACUUUUCUGGACCCGAGCUUCAAGCUCGGGUACUUUCAGAUGGGGAAGGAGGGGUCGGCGGAGGGAGGGGGCCAGAACGCACAGCACAUGGCUGCCGAGCAGGUUAUGGAACUUGUGCGGGCAAAGUGGCGCCCGUACAAGGACAAGGCGGUCGCCCUGCGGGAGAAGAGGGAGGGAGGAGGGUCAUCUGCUGGGGCGAGUGGCCGGGUUGGCAUAGAGGGGGGCAGCAGCAGCACCCGGGAUGGUGGAGGAGCGGGCAGCAGCAAGGGGGGGAAAGGCCUUGCGAACGAUGCCUUCGGGGGUGUUGUGGGGGAUCAGUCGAGUUUGAUGGCACGCUUGGCUGCCUUCCGAAGCCGGCAAGCAGUGACGAUCAAAGACGAGAUCCAGGACUACAUCAAUGAGCAGAUGGAGCCUAUGGGAGUCGACCCCCUUGCGUAUUGGCGACGUAAGGGGGAUCUACAGGGGCUGCAGAUGAUGGCGCUCGAUUACCUUGCCAUACCUGCCACGUCGGCGGCAAGCGAGCGCACGUUCUCACAGGGCCGCAAUGUUAUCACGUGGCAGCGUCACAGGCUAGGACCCAAGCGCGUUGAAGCGAUCAUGUUGCUGAAAUCAUGGGUGGAGUGGCACCAGGGGUGCAAAUUGGGCAAGGCGGCAAAGGCCCUGCUGGAGAAGGCCGCGAAGGAUUUGUUUGGCUUGGAGUUGGAUGAUGAUGCAUGA